AUGAAACAACUGCAAGGACCAAAUGAAUCCAGAACAAUCAGAGUAGUAUUUGCAACAGUUGCUAUUGGGAUUGGCGUAAACAUUUUAGACAUCAGGCAUGUUAUUCACAUAUCAGUACCAGGAACAAUUGAAUCCCUAUAUCAAGAAAUAGGCCGCGCAGGUAGAGAUGGAAAACAAGCGAAGGCAUUCAUACACUAUAAUGGACAUGAUAUCGCUUUAAAUAAACCUGGGAUGACGACGACAAUGCGCAAUUUUUGUUCAGAAAAUGAAAAAUGUCUACGAGAAAUUAUUUUAAACUAUUUGAGCUCACCUUCACAGUCAAUGAAGAAGUACAUUGCGGGACACUCUUGCUGCAGCAAUUGCUCAAGAAUGUGCAAGUGUCCGUCAUGCCUAGUAGGACCGAAUGAACCUGCAGGUACAUCACUGAACACUGGCCGAGAAGAUGAUGCGAUAUCUGCGCUGCGACAUGUUUCUGAUGCGCAACGUGAUCAGCUGAGAAGUCUUAUGCAAAAGUAUAGGUGGCAAUUAGGACAAACAGGCCACCAUAUAGGAG